AUGUAUAGCUCUGCCCCAACUUAAUCCACCUUGGAAAAGUCAGGAGCCUGGGAAAUAAAGACAAUGACUUCCUCCAGCCUUGUUGUUCCAUGUGAAGAUGUUGCUGCAGAGCUCAGUAGCACACGGCACAGCCAUUCAAAUCAACUGGCAUUUAUUGAGGGCUGCUAUGUCAGCUCCUUUUCCACAGUACACUUCAAUGCAUGCACACACACACACAAACACACACUGCUAUAACCAAUGAGAACUGAGAGCCAGUAACUUUCUGGAUCUUUGCACAUGCUGUUCUCUCUUCCUUCCGUCCCAUUCCAUCCUCUGAGGCAGGGAGGUUAUAGCCAUCCCUCUCUGUAUCUUCUUAGAUGUCACUUUUUCCAAGGAGACUUCCUGUCACACCUCCUUUAUGCUAUGUUAAAUAACAUCAAUUGAUUAGUCGAUCAAUCAGUCAAUCAGUGGAGAGAAUGGGAAGCAUUCAUCUCUUGGUCCACAAUCCUAUACAUUUUCAUAUCUUCACUUUUUCCCAUCAAAGCCCUGCUAAGUAACUAUUUUCCCUCUAGGUGGUGAGGUGGAUGUAACCAAAUGACACAAAAGAGGAAGGAGUGCAUGGUCAAGGCAGGCGGGGUGAGGCAAGCCCUACUAUGUCUAGAGUUAUAGUUCCAGCAAUGUCCCCAAGGUUCAUGCUCAUUGCCCAGGCAGCAGUUUCAGGAACAUCAUCACUCCAGGUCCCACACUCAGGAAAGGAAGGCGGGAGCCUUCUGGUCAACCAGGAGAGCACACAACGCUGAGAUUUUACUCCAGCCACCUGCUGGGAUUUGGAGAGAAGGUGGGAAAAGUUCUGCUCACACUGCCUCAUUCCCUCUCUCCCUUCCCCAGGGAGAUAGACCAUGUUCAGGGCCCCAGAGCUGACUGGUCACACCAGGAGCCUGACUGCAACCUUGGGUUCCAUAUGCAUAGAAUGGUCUUCCCCAAGAUACCCACAUGGCUGCUCCGUCUUUCAACUGGGUUUCUGCUCGGAUGCUGCUUCCUCAGAAAAACUUGCCCUAACCUAAACCAACCCUGCCUCCAUCCCACUCACUCUGAUGCCCUUACCCAGCUUCAUCUUCUCAUCACACUGAUUACACUCCCUGACACCAUAUUACAGGUCUAGUUGUCUGCUGUCCAUCUCCACCACUGGGAUUUGAUCUCCUAAAGGGAGGAAUGCUGUUGGUUUUCUUGACUGCUGUGUGGCCAGUGCCAGAGUCCUUCCAUAAGUGAUUCUUGAAUAAAUGAAGUACAUGAGCUGAGCUAAGUGGCUA